UUCGACUUGAAGUUGAACUUUCAAGAAGUUGGAAGUCUCGCAUUGCAAUAAUCUGCACAUUGCAGGCGAAAGCCUAAGGCAGGUGGAAGGAGGGUGGAAGGGUGAUGCCGCAUGCCUGAAGGUGAUUGCGCAGCAUAUAUCUGACAAUCAGCACCGUGGGGUGACAGAAACGAUGGCAGUGGCUAGCUAUCUGAGGGUGAUCAAGAACACAGACGCUUGCGAUGGGGACAAGAGCAGCAAUGCGCGUGCCACUACAGAGAAGGCAGCACAAUCGCCUCAAGGGACAGUCCAACAGUUCAAGUCUGUGGGCGGCUACUACGGUUGCAGGCUAUAUGAGAAAACAUACUUCUCUUCGAAAGACAUCGUCCAGUAUUUCAUCUGUGCAAGGUGUAAGAGCCUGCUUGACAAGCCGGUUAUGCUUCCAAACUGUGGUCAUAAGGUCUGCAGAGGGUGCGCUCAGGGCGAUGAUGACAAAGCUACAAGCUGUUGCCCAAAAUGUCAAGGAAGAUUCUUCAAGAAUAAGAUACUCGCCAUCGAGGGAUACGAUCGAAUAAUGAAGAAAAUGAAGCGCUGGUGUGUGAAUGCUCUCGGAUACGAUGAAGAAGAGGAGGCGAUUGUGCCGGAUCCUGAAUCUUGCAGUUUCAAGGGCUAUGGCCGAUUCUUGGCCGAACAUGAAAGCACAUGCGGGUUCAAGGUUGUCACAUGCACCUUGGGUUGCAAGUCGCAACUGUGGAAGAAGGACGUUGAAGCGCACGCAGACCUCUGUAGCUAUGAAUGUUCAGCAUAUGCUUGUCGGAAGCUUGUUCUGGCCAAACAUAUGGAGCAUCAUAAAAAGGAAGAGUGUCCUGCCACGGUCAUAAGUUGCCCGAUGACCAGUGAAGGGUGCACUGUAUCCGAACAACGCCGGUAUAUGCACGGCCACACCGAAAGUUGUCCCUACAUGAAGGUGAAGGACAAGCUAAGCGAGCUCAGCGAAGCGAAGGCAGAGAUUGAAAAAUUGAAGCGGAUGCUCGAGACGAGCACGCCAGAGAAGGUAAAAGAAGAACCCAUCGUGAAACGUCUAAGAAGCGGAGCUACGAAACGAGAGCCGUUGUAGUACUUUACAAUCAUUGCCUUAGUCUGGUGCAUGUAAGUUACAUCGACAAUCUAUUUUUAAGGGUCGAGCCGGAUGCAGAUGUUUUGUUUACCUUGUAGUUGCUGUCGUCCAAUGGUCUUGGUGGUAUGGCUGAAAGACCACCAAAAUUGGGCAGAUGCCAACGUACCUCCACACUGAUUGUAGUUGAACCAAUGCAACAAUCUGCUCAGGUUACGCCCUCUAAACCCACUGACUCGCUGAGCAGUGCACAGGGCCGCACGGCAAUUAGGGGCUUACGUGAGGAAAAAAGAGUUUGUGCAAUGAUGGCCGUCAGUAUAAGCUCCAAGGAUCAGAUUGGUUCGCCAUGCGACCAUGAGUUAGUCAGAGAUCAACCUGCGUAUAAGUACCUGAGCCUGGUACGUGUACCCGCUGAUCGACCUGCACACAUGGG